AUGAGAAUAGCCUGUUUACUCUGUUUUGUAACUCUGCUUAGACUUUGUAGUGCAGAUUGUAAUUGGUUUAGUAGUUGCGUUGGAAGAAACAAGAAAAAAUGUCCAUCGGUUGUAAACAGUGUGGACAAAAGUACAUUGGAUAUAUCAAAUCCGGAUCAAUCCAUAGCUAGAUUAAACAGCACUGAUGGCAAGUACAAACUCUACAUUCCAAAAGAUGGGAAUGUCAUCACCAAAGUUGUUGAUGGAACUCUUACAAUCUGGGAGGGACAGGAAAAUGAAGGCUGCAAAUACAUAAAAGUGACAUUGAAUAAUAAUCAACCUAGACACGUUUUCAUAUUCACAAAAGGGUCUGUUGAAAAUCUAAAGUACUUUGACAAAAACGGUAAUGAGUGGAAAGAGGGAGGAAGGCCUAGAGAUAGCUCUACCGAUAAUCAAACGCAAAACUCAGAAUCCACAAAAUCAGAAAAAGGCACAAAUAACGAUAAUAGUGAGCAUAACAGGAGUAAACCAGAGUCCAUAUAA